CUUUUGUAUUGUUGUAGGAGUGAGAUUUUAAUUAGGACGAAGUAUGGAAGUGGAGAUAGGAAAACGCUGAAGACCCUCAUGCCAAAGGGCUGUGUAGAUCAGGAGGUUCUGAAUCUACUGGCUUGUAGACUCAAAUAUGAGGACACUCACUUUGCACCGUAUUCAACUAUGUGGUUCAUGCCAACCAUGUUUUCUCAAUUUGCAUUGGACUGGGAUUAUAAAGCUGUGAAAGGCUUUUAUCAAAGUGAAUUCAUGGGCAAAGUUGACUACUUAACUAAGAUAGUUAUUCCAAUGAAUGACCUAAAUG